ACUCGACCUUGCGUGCGUGUCACAUCGUGUGAGCGAAUCACCUAAACGUCAGAUUGUCAUUUACCACCCGCCCGGGAACGUACUCCAUAGACCCGUGCACAUAGACGAACAAACGAGACUAACGAACAAACCGCGCAGGUGACGGAAAAACCAAAGAACUGCCCGUCAGCGAAAACAACCCGGAAUUUAAACCGGUUGGUUUGCACCACUUAUGGCAGUAAAAACUGCGCCAUAUUUUUUUUCUCGUCUCCCUGAGGUUGUAUUUCUAUUCAACACUUAUUAGACCUACACUCAGCACCAUAACAUUCUUCCGAGUACCCACUAGAAAUGCCUGUUAAUAAUGUGAAAACGAGAAGCGCCCUCCUCAAGCUGAAGUUGAGAACAGAAAAGACUGUAAAACCCUCUGACAGCACGGAUAGAAAACCACCCGAUAUUACUGUAAAAAAGGGAUGUCCAUCAUCUAAAUCCCAAAAAGUCGAUGUAGUUGCAAACCACUCCAACUUUACUACCAUAAUUCCGACUGAUACAACAGACCGGAUUAUAGCCCUCGAGGAAGAAGUAGCCACGCUGAAAUGCAAGCUUCAUGAAUUCAGCACAUGCUGUGAACAAGUCUUAUCAUUCUGCGAACUACUUAGAGGCUCAGAAAUUGUUACACUGGACCGUUUGAGCACAGCUGCUUCCUUACUAGACUCAGUUACAUCCGAAACGCAAGAACGCCUCCGUAGAUCGCAUAAUGUUAUCAUUUUUAACGUGCCUGAUAAACCGAACAUCGACAGGGUAACAAAUACCCUCUUAGAAGCAUGCAAUAUGGAUGAAGUCUCCUGUCAGUGCCUCAGACUGAGGAAAAAGGAUAACAUGACCACAUAUCCGAUACUCUUACAGUUUCCAGACAAUAGGAGCGCAUCUAAAUUUGUAGGCAGUAAAAGACUAGUUGCUGCACAAACUAAUUUUAAAAAUAUUAUUAUCAAACACGAUCAAACGCCUCUACAAAGACGAUUAACAAUGAAACAAAACCCCUCCACCCAUCAUAUACCCCAUGUUCCUACUAAUGAAACCAGUACUGACGCUAUCAUCAGCAAUGUCGACCUUGACAAGUCACCCGCAUCGUCUAAUAUAGGCGAUGAUGGACAUCACAGUCUUCAGCGGCCUCAUGAAAGAAUCUCAACUAGCAAUAGUGAUGUGUCCAAAACUAAAACUACCAACCAAGCUGAACAUACAACGGCGCAGACACCUGCUGACCACACACUCAACUCCCCUAUCCCUUCUCCAAACUGCGAGCCUUUACAACAGUUUACAGUAACUGUACCUGAGACCUAUCGUGAGCGAGACAAAAAAUCAGAUUGUGACGUUGGCAGCCUGAAAAAUAAAUCUCAAUCCGACCCGAAUGAACUAAGCUAUAGGUUAUCUCCGACCAACCGAUGCGUAGGCAAAAACAGGGGAAAGCACCCUGCCAGAAUUUCUCCCAUAAGCACUCAAAGCUCAUUAGGUCUGGAGCAACCACCACCAGAGCGUAGGGAUAUGCAGCUAGGCCAACCGAGAAAAAGUAUACGUCCUCAAGCCUCUACAUGCAAAACCGACACUGUUGUCGGGAUAAGUUGCAGAGAGCCGGACCAAUACUUACCCACAAUGCCUCUGACUACGUUUCCAAAUCCCGCGACCUCAAGCUGGCAAAGUCCUUAUGUGUGCGACACCGAAUUAGCAAACGAAAAGUUGGUAGGCCGCAAGGACUUACAGGUAAGAGGGUGCAACCCCUAUCUACCUCAGGUCAAAAUUCACCCUCCACCACCCGCCGUAUUACCCAAUUAGCAACAAUACAAACCGAAGCAAAAUGAGUUCGUGGACUUCAACAUCCCCCACCCCUGUAUACUACGGACGUCAGUCCUUUUUUAGACUGUCGCGUACCACCACUUCCUCCCCCACCAAUCCUGCCCCUACCACGUGCGAUUAUGAAUCAGAGAUUAAUCAAACUACUGGAGUAUGUACUUCAUUCAAUCCAGUACGAUCUGGAGCUCAGUGUGCCUCAGCUACCUCACAACACACAAUUCUCAGAUACAACGACGAUGAAACAAACAUUCCCCACCACUUUCAUACCAUGUUAACAAUGUCUUUCAAUGCUGUCAUCAUUAACCUUCGUUCCCUUUUACCUAAAUUAAAUAUACUUUCAACACUUAUGUUUA